UGCAAGAAGGCGUAUUAUUGAAAACAUCGAACGACACAAAAAGAGAAAGAGAGAAUCCUCUCUCCCUCUCCUCAUUCUUAUUUUUCUCUCUCACUCUCUUCGCCGAGAAUCUCAGCUGUAUAUUAUAUGAUUUCUAACCUAUACACAGGAUAUUGAGAAUGUAAUUUUAAUUGCACGUUGUGUUCCAAAUUUUUGCCUGAACAUAUCUCGUUAACUAUGCCGAAUUUUAUGAUUAUAGCUCAUUAGCCACUUUGACAAUGGGAAAAGUUUAUUCUUUAUUAACACGACCUAUUCGCACGUUCAAUGUCGAAAAUCGUGCGGCAAGAAUCAUAUCUCGAGAGAAGCCUAUACCAGCACCUCAAUAUCCAUCCACGGAAAAGCAAAAGAAAUUGUCAGACGAAGUAAAUCCAAAUUUCCUGAAAGAACAUUAUCAAAAGAAUGUGCGACUGGAUCAACGCUUAAAAGAUGUUUUUGUAACAUCAACAGAUCCACAAAAAGUAAUUGAGCCAACAAGAGAACCAAGGCCUUUACCUCAAAACAGAUAUACGAUAGAUGAAUAUACAUUUAAUUUUUUUGAACCUGCAACGAUCCCUGUAGGAAAGUGCUCAUUGAAGCAGGUUUUAACAUUUCUUUCGCAAUAUAAACACGAUCCUUUAACAUAUAGCAGUGAAAACAUAGCUGCUGAAUAUAAAAUAGAUAAGAAAGUAGUAGAUGAUAUAUUGAAACAUUUUAAACUUUAUGUAACUAUGAUACCAAAGAGUGAGGAAAUAUUGGAAGAUCCAGCGCAAGAAAUGUUCGAAACAGCAUUAGAGGAAAAAAACAAAAGGGAUCUUCUAGAAAAGAAAAACAUCGAUAAAAUCAUAUAAAAGUAUAAAUUAUUUGCUUACUUGCUAUGAUAUGAUAAACUGAAACGAUCACAACCAAGACAUGGAAUUGCCUAGUGGUAGACGGCAUCGAGUGAGAAUAAUCAGGAAAAAAGUCCUGCAUACCUAAACUUGUUUCUGGAAUGGUCAUAGUCUUCUCCAUCAUCCAGUAAAAUGCUUUCAUUUUUAAUGUUUUUUUCAAUUCUGCGCCAACUUCUUCCCGUAUACGUUUAUUGUAAUUAUUUAGCCAACGUCGCUGUGUGUAACACGUGUUAAUAUUAUAAAGAACAUUUACUUUU